UGCUCACGACGUGCUUCCGCCAAUGCUUACGCAAAUUCCGGUUGUGCAGCAGCCAUUUUGUCUGUUCGGGCAAGUCUACCCCGACGGUUACGAACUGCAGUUCCACCUUAGGAAACAAUUUGAAAUGUUGUUGUGGCAUCUCUAUUUCACGUUAUCUACGAUCUGAGCGCCGUAUAAAAUUUAUAUCACAGUUUUACAAGCCGAAGGGGGCCCUCCUCUUCGAGAUAAAUCCAUCCUUCAGCGUGGAAAACGCGGGUAAGCUGAGACAUGUCGUGUGAAGAAAGCUACUUGGCCAUCAUACGCUAUCUGACCGAUGAACGGGAGCCAUAUGCGCCGGGGACGCCUGGCAAUACCAAAAGGAAAAUACGCAAAGCGGCUACCUGCUACGUUGUGCGAAACGGGACGUUGUUUUAUCAGCGUCGACUGAAGGGCCAGAAUGAUUUCACAGAGCUGGAGGUGGUGCUGCAGGACGGCCGGAGGAAGGAACUUAUCAACGAGGUGCACAUUACAGAAGGAGGGGAGCACCUCAACCAGCAACUCACCUGGGAGUCCAUCUCUCAGAAGUACUGGUGGAGAGGUAUUCUGAAGCACGUCAAAGACCACAUCAGAGAGUGUGCUCAGUGUCAAGGCAGGCGAAGUGCUGAUGACGGCUCUGGACCUCGCCUGUUCUCCCGGCCGGCGAGACGCAAGGCGGCUGCCAACGUGAAUGAUGAGGAGGAGGAGGAAGAGGAGGAAGAAGAGGGAGACGACAGUUUAUUCCUCACUGACCCACCUAGUCAACUGAGAUCCAAGUUGGCCAAGACCAUGGCCAAGCACGAACUGGUCUUUGUGGACAGCAAGGGUGAGGUGAAUCAGUUCCUGCCCAAACACAGUCAAACCAUGUUGGACAAACUCAACCAGCAGCGCCUCGGCAAUCAGUUCUGUGACAUCACCCUGUUGAUCGAAGGAGAGGAGUACCGGGCGCACAAAGCUAUACUGGCAGCAUGCAGCGAAUACUUCAAUGAGCUCUUUUUCGAGAAGGGGGCUGCCUCCACACAUGAAGCCGUGGUCGACCUCUCCGGUUUCACCAAAGCCAGCUUCCUCCCGCUGCUGGACUUUGCAUACACUUCCUUGCUUACGUUUAAUUUCUCCAUAAUGGCAGACAUUGCGAACCUCGCCCGGCAUUUGCUGAUGACAGAGGUACUGCAGAUAUGUGAGUCUGUGCAUAAGCAGGUGGAGGAGCAGAAGCUGACGGUGUAUCAGAGAGGAGACGUGCACACCGUGGUGUCGAGCCAGCCAGCUCCUCAGGAGGGCUUAAAGGAUGAGUCUGGUGCCUACAUGGUCACCUUAGAGAGCGAUGGCAGGGCGGUGGUCACCCACAGUGGUGUAGCUGUAACAGGCGAGACCUUAGCGUAUGUUGCACCUCCUGAAGAGGCCUACAUCCAGCAGCCGAUGACAGUUGUCACUGAAGCUGUCGAGGGAGACAAAGUGCUUCACGGGGAGGCAGGACAAAAUGAAACCGUGACUCUGAUCACUCACAGUGGACAGGCUGAGCCAGGAGAGACGGUCACUCUUAUCUCACGCUGUGCAGAAGGAAUGGAAGGCGAGACGAUGACUGUGGUCACCCACAGUGGACAGGCCGGAGCCAGCGAGUCUCUCGCCGUGGUGUCGGCCUGCCUGGCGAUGGAGCAGCCACAGGUCGCUGAAGCGGGAGCCUUUGUUAUAAAUGUAGACCCGGACAAAGUGAGCCCGUCAGAGGUCGUCAACCUUGCAUCUGCAGCUGCUUCUGAAGCAGUGAUGUCGCCUCAGGAGACCGUAGAAUCAGCACCUACACCCCAGAAACGUAAACGAGGGCGUCCGGCCAAGGUGAGGAAGGAGGUGGAAGAAGAGGAGUUUGUGCCACUGGAGGAGGAGGACCCCUCUGCUGAUGAAAGCCAAGGAGACAAGAAGGAGAUGACGUCAGAUGACCCCAACAAAAGACGACUGAGGCAGCGCUCUAUUGCUGAGGGCGGUUAUGCGCGUUUACAUAUGGGACUGGAGGAUGAAGAGGAGGGGAAGAAAGGUUCAACCCCGCCACGUGCCCCCACCCCUAAGGUGGGUCCGAGGCCAGGCAAGAGAGGAAGACCACCAAAGCAGCCAGUGGAGACUCAAGGUGAAGGACAGUCUGUUUCCGAAUUGGGGGCAGAUCCGGAGGCCUUCGCGGUGGAGAGCGUGACGGCAGCAGAGCUUAGCACAGACGAGGCUGGGACCGUGGUGGCGGAGCCGGAGACUGGAACCACGCAGGAUCAAACCCCAGCAGAGAGCGCUGUUGAUGGGGAGCACACAUGCUCGGAGUGCGGCAUGUCCUUCCAAAGGCGCUACUCUCUCAUCAUGCACACGUUAAAACACGAGAAAGCUCGUGGAUACAAGUGCAGCCUGUGUAGCAAGGAGUUCCAGUAUGCCGCCUCGCUCCGCGCCCACCUGGCCCGACACAAGCAGCAGAGCAGCCAGCGAGCCCCCAUCACCAAACCCUCAGUGGAACAGAGCUCCGACGGCAAGGCGGAAAGCGAUUUGGAUGAGAAGACUCUGUCGCCGCACACCAAAAGAGAAUUUGUUUGCGACAUCUGCGGGAAAACCCUACCGAAGCUCUACUCCCUGCGAAUCCACAUGCUGAAUCACACGGGCGUGCGGCCGCACUCCUGCAAGGUCUGCGGCAAGACGUUUGCCCACAAACACAGCCUGAAAAUGCACCGAGCGCUGCACGACGUCACCAAACAGUUCCAGUGUGAAUACUGUAAGAAGUCUUUUGUGAGCAAGCGGAGCAUGGAGGAGCACACCAGCCUUCACACAGGUGAAUCAAAGUACCUAUGCAACACCUGUGGAGCAACUUUCUACCGAGCCUCAGCUCUGAGCAAACACCUGAAGAAGCACCAGCCCAAACCUGACGUCCGUCCGUUUGCUUGUGCUCACUGUGAUAAGAGGUUCUAUGAAGCAAAAGAUCUCCAGCAGCACAUGAACAAGCACAUGGGCCUCAAGCCGUUCCAGUGCCAGGUGUGUGGAAAAUGCUACAGCUGGAAGAAGGACUGGUACUCCCAUGUCAAGUCCCACAGUGUGGCGGAGCCGUUUAAGUGUAAUGUGUGUGGGAAGGAGUUCUUUGAGAAAGCUCUGUUCAGGAGGCACGUGAAGAAAGCCACGCACGGGAAGAAGGGUCGAGUGAAGCAGAACCUGGAGAGGGAGUGUGAGCAGUGUGGAAGAAAGUUCACUCAGCUCCGAGAGUACAGACGCCAUGUCAACAACCACCAGGGAGUGAAACCUUUUGAAUGUCUGACUUGUGGUGUUGCCUGGGCCGACGCUCGUUCUCUCAAGCGUCACGUCCGCACGCACACAGGAGAGCGACCGUACGUAUGCCCCAUGUGCCAGGAGGCCCACAUUGAUGCACGCACUCUGCGCAAACACAUGGCCCGGUACCACGUGGACAACCUUCCUGGGAAGAUCAUGCUGGAGAAGGACACCCUCCAGUUCCACAACCAGGGCACCCAGGUGGAGCACGCAGUCAGCAUCCUGGCGUCCGAGCUGCCUCCUGAGCUCCGGCCGGCCCAGCAGCCGCCCUCAGAGGAGAUAGAGACGGUGCUGAUCACAGAGGAGACGGUGGAGGCCAUGCAGGCUGUUGAGGCUGCUGAGGCCGCUGGCGACGGCUCUGUGGCGACGCUCUCCGAUCAGGGCAUCAUGCAGGUCGUGAACUACGUCCUGGCCCAGCAGGCCCUCACAGGGGGCAAGCUCGAGGAAACACCUGAGGUGCUUCAGACCAUGGAGGUGGAGGUCGCUCACGUGGCCGAGGUCGAGUAACUCUGUGCCAGACGACAGGAUUCCCACACAGACUUAUCACAUUGUUCCUCAGUCUGUAUAAAAUGUACCAGAAUGUAAAAAGUGGACUAUUUUUUAGAGAAUGUAAAUACCGCAAAUGGACCAUGAGUGGAGCGUUCGCUGUCUGUUCAGCCCAGAACUGUGUUGUAUGAAUUGUGCACACACGUUCACAUUUCUCUGUUGUAUGUAAAUAGCUUGAUUUACGGUAACAACAUUAAUUGAUGAGUUACAAAUUUGACACUCAGGAGAAAUAAAGGUAGAAGUGAAUACAGCACUUCACUUCUUCACCUUAUUGCUUUUGUUGCUGACAGAAAAGCUGUGAGAUUUCUCUGUACACUUUUGCUACUCCAGUCAUCCUGGCUGUGGGUUUUCCCCCCUAGUGUCAGCUUGAAGGAUGAGAAAAUUAAUAAAUGUCUCCAUUUGUUGGUCAUCUCACCAUCA